AUGAACCAGGAGGAUCAAGAGCUUGAUCCUGACGAGGUGAAGUCGGCUCUAGUCGCUCACGGACAUCUGCGUUGUCUGUCAUCGGAUCUGGAAGCCGACGAGAGGAGAGUUGAGGACAGGGCGCUAGGUCUUGCAGGCGUGUGCAUGGUGCGUGCUCAGCCGCUGGUGUGCGUGUCUCACGCAGUGCCUGCUCCCCCUGCUUUACACCACACAUGGCCUUCCAGCAGCAUGGCUAUGGAGGCGAGCACGCGUCUCCUGCACUCAACAUCAAUUUUAUGCACAGAGCUGCAGUACGGUGUGGUGCCGGCGUUCGCAGAGAGCAUCAGUGAGGGAGACCUGCGGUGGGUGAAGCAGGUGGGCGACGCCGUGGCUGCUGAUGAGACGGUGGGCGAAGUCGAGACUGACAAGACAACCGUCCCCAUCAACUCCCCCUGCGCGGGUGUGGUCACGGAGCUCCUGGUGGGGGACGGCGCCACCGUCUCCCCCGGCACGCGGGUGUUCGUCAUCACCCCUGGGGACGCCCCGCCCCCCAAGGCUGCUGCUGCUGCCCCCGCCGUUGCAGCUGCCGCGCCUCCUGCAGCAGUUGCCGCUCCUGCACCUGCUGCUGCACCUGCUGCAGCUGCUGCCACUGCUGCACCUGCUGCACCUGUUCCACCACCUGCUGCAUUUGUAGCUUCCCCGCGGGUGCCGCUGUCCUCCAUGCCCGUGGCCGCCAUCCAACACUCGUCCUUCCUGCAGCAGGCGCAGGUUAAGGUGAGUCUGGCCGCCAUGUUGUCCACCACCAUGUCCAUCAUCAACAUCAUGGAGCUGCGUAAGUCUGUCAACGCUGAGCUGACAAAGCGCCACGGAGUCAAGCUCGGCCUGAUGUCAGCCUUCGUCAAGGCCUCCGCCUACGCCCUUGUCAAGAUCCCGACUGUCAACGCUGUCAUCGAUGGCAACGAUGUCGUCUACAGGGACUAUGUUGACAUAUCUGUUGCCGUCGCCACACCUAAGGUGAGUCAUGUCGUCUACAGGGACUAUGUUGACAUAUCUGUUGCUGUUGCCACACCAAAGGUGAGUCAUGUCGUCUACAGGGACUAUGUUGACAUAUCUGUUGCUGUCGCCACACCUAAGGUGAGUCAUGUCCGUAGGAACACCUAGGGUGAGUCAUGUCCG